AUGGCGGGCGAGGGCGGCUGCUUGGCGCUCCUCUGCGGCUGGGCUGCAGCGGCCGCCGUCCUGUGGCCCGCCGGGGCCGCGCUGCGAGACGGGGCGUCGUCGGCGUCGGCGUCGUCGUCCGGCGCGGGCGAUGCGGAGGGCGGGGGUGCCUGCCCGCCGUGCCCGCGAGUGCUGGGCUUCCGCCUGGAGGACGGCGCCUCGGCCUCGGGGGGCCUGGUGCGCGCCCCGCCCGGAGCCACCUUCCGCCUGCGCCUCUACGGCACCGGCCUGCACAACCGCAGCUGGCCCUGGGCCGCCUUCGUGCCGGAGGAGGCGCCGUGCGGGGGGACCCCGGGGGACCCCCGGGCCACGCCCGCGCCCGCCGGGGCCCCGCAGGUGCUGGCCCACCAGCUGCUGCCGGCCGGCCAGCACGCCGCCCUGCUGACGGUCAGGGUGGCCCCCGGGGGCCCCCGAGGACGGUACCGGCUCUGCAGCCCGGCGGGGCCCGGGCGCCAGUGGGCCCCCGCCGCCCCCGGAGACGCUAUCCUGGUGACGGAGGACGAAGGCGGGGGGGGCGAGGCGUGGCCCCCGCCCUUGCCCCCCUGGCUGCUGGGCACCCUGGUGGCGCUGCUGCUGGCCCUCCUGGCCCUGCUGCGCACCUUGCAGCUCAGCACCCUGUGGCUGGACCCGGCCGAGCUGUACGUGCUGCGGGACUGCGGCUCCGAGGCCGAGCGGGGGGCCUCCAAGGCGCUGGAGCCCGUGCGGCAUCGGGGCGCCUUUGUCCUGUGUUCCCUGCUGCUCUUGAGCGCCUUGGCCCAGGCCGCCCUGGCCGUGCUCUUCUACCGGGCCGUGGGGGCGCUGGCCCCUGCCAUCCUCGGCGUGGCCGCCUUGACCUUCCUGCUGGCCGAGGUGCUGCCCUUCGCCGUCAGCUCCCGCUGGGGGCUCUCGCUGGCCCCCCGCGGGCUCUGGCUGACCCAGUUCUUCAUGCUGCUGACCUUCCCCAUCUCGCUGCCGCUCAGCCGGGUGCUGGAGCUGGCCUUGCGGCACGACAGCAGCACGUCGCUCUUGCGGGAGAAGAUCCUGGACAUGGUCCGCAACAGUGACCCCUACAACGAGUUUGUGCGGGAGGAGUUCAGCAAGGGGGCCCUGCGGAACAAGACGGUGGAGGACGUGUUGACCCCGCUGGAUGAGUGUUUCAUGUUGAACGCCAACGCGGUGCUGGACUUCAACAACAUGUCCAUGAUCAUGCAGAGCGGCUACACCCGCAUCCCGGUGUAUGAGGACGAGCGCACCAACUUGGUGGACAUGCUUUAUGUCAAGGACUUGGCCUUGGUGGACCCUGAUGACUGCACCCCGCUAAGCACCAUCAUCAAGUUUUACAAUCACCCGCUUCACUUUGUCUUCAAUGACACCAAACUGGAUGCUGUGUUGGAGGAGUUCAAGAGAGGGAAAUCCCAUAUGGCCAUUGUGCAGAAGGUGAACAACGAAGGGGAAGGGGACCCGUUCUACGAGGCCAUGGGGUUGGUGACCCUGGAAGACGUCAUUGAAGAGAUCAUAAAGUCGGAGAUCAUGGAUGAGUCAGACGACUACAGGGAGAACCGGUUGAAGAAAAAGCCACCUCCACUUGGAACGUUGAUGGACCGCCGGAAAGAAGAUUUUUCCUUGUUCAAAGUUUCCGACAAUGAGUACAAGGUGAAGAUCUCCCCUCAGCUACUCCUGGCUACUCAGCGCUUCUUAUCUAGAGAGGUGGAUCUCUUCAGCCCAGGCCGAAUUUCGGAGAAGGUCCUGUUGCAUCUGUUGCAGCACCCCAGUGUCAACCAGGAAGUGAAGUUUGACGACUGCGAUCGCUUGGCCGCUGAGCAUUACUUGUAUCAGCGCAACCAGCCAGUCAAUUACUUUGUCCUCAUCCUGCAGGGCAGGGUUGAAGUCGAGAUUGGGAAGGAAGGGCUGAAGUUUGAAAAUGGCGCCUUCACCUAUUAUGGCGUCUCAGCACUUACCGCUCCUUCUUCAGUCCAUCAGUCCCCGGUGUCCACUCUGCGGAUGAAUCGCCGUGAACAGCAGGUUGACUGCCCAGAGCCCACCAAUUAUUCGGCAUACUGCCCCGAUUACACCGUCCGGGCCCUCACCGAUCUGCAGUUCAUCAAGGUCACCCGCUUGCAGUACCUCAACGCUCUGAUGGCCUCAAGGAUACAGAACUCGCCCCAGUCCCCGGAGGCCGUGGAUCUGAAAAUCAUCCCCAGCAGCCAGACGAAGCUCCUCAAUGACAAAAACGCGGCAGCAGCCUUCCCGCUAAAUCUCUCUUUCUUUGGCAAAAUUGAAAACUGCAUUUAA